GGCUCUCCCCAACUCCGGAUCUGGGCGGAGGGACCCUGGGGCGUGUUUCCACACCCCUUGCGGACUUCGGAACUGACUCGGACAGACUGGCGCCGGAACAGGAGUGGUCUCUACUGGACAACAGCUUGGUGGGUUCGGAUCCUGCAAAAAUGCGGGCCCUGCCGGCCAUGGACGCACUUGCCAGAAUGCGACCACCUCUCCGGGACCCCAGGGCGGCGGAGGACACUCACACCGCACGACCAGCGAGCAAGAGCGCGGUGGAGAGACUGGCGGCCGACCGCGCCAAGUAUGUUCGUAGCACGCUGGGAUCCAGCCAGAGUCCUGUUUCAGAGUGUAGGGGCCCCGAGGCCACAGGGGUGCAACACCGCAACCCAAUCUCUUCUCUUGCCCCAGCUCCUGUAGCCCGCAGAGCUCUGGCUCGAAAGCCGCUAAGACCUGAUUCGUUGGUCAUCUACAGACAAAAAUGCGAAUUCGUCCGAGGGCCAGGAGCAGAUUGUUCCAGAGUGGGGCUGAUGAAGAAAUUUUUCCAAGGGUCUGCCAAGGACAAAAUGCCAGUGGCCUCUGAGACGACCGGGGUGUCAGGUGAGGACAAGACCAAGGAAACAGAGACCACUUGGACCAGCUUCAACCAAGCGGCAGCCACUAGCCCAGCCUCUGUGUUACAACCUCCAGCCCCUGUAGUGACCAUGGAGUCCCCAGACAUGCCUUUGAAGGUGGCUUCCAAGGUUCCAGGCACACCUUCCUGUACAGAGCUACAGGUGUCGCAUCGCAGAGGACUGCAGCGCUCUCAGUCAGAUCUCAGCUCCCGCUACUCUGUAGCCAGGCCUGAGUCCGACACCUUCUUCCUUUAUUGCGGCCUGGAACCUGAAGUGGUGGAGGCUCUUGGGAGGGAGAACUUCUCUGCUGGAUCUGACUGUGUUACACUCAAAGUGCGUAGCGUGAGCAUGGCCACUUCUGAUAGUAGCUUCUCCAGGCAUAGUGAGGACGGGUUGCAAGAAGAGGAGCUCAUGGAGCAGGUGCCUAGCACAACCUCUGUGGUAGAAAGGAACGCCCGUAUCAUAAAGUGGCUUUUCACCUGCAAGAAGGCCAAAGAACCCCCCAGCCAGAGGUUGCAGGGACCGGCCUGACUGACACCUGAUCCAGGAAGCAAUCUUUUCCAGUGAUGAAGGGACCAUUAAGUUGAAGGGACUCCUGAGCCGUUGUUUGGUGUACCCCAACAAUACAUAAUUGCUGCUUUCCCAGGAAUAAAACACUCCAUUGACAAGGCUUGUAUAUUAGCCAUGGUGAAAUGCUGCAGUGAAGAUGAGAAGACAGAUAUUAGAAGCUAUGAGAAGCAUUCUUUUUAUAAGAGUCUAUCUCAAAAGGCAGCUGAAGAAAUGAUAGCUGCUGAAGAAUAUUUUCAGGAUAUUUUUUUUCUGACUUACAAUUUCUGCAGUGUGUUUUGAUUAUAUGUAAAUAGAUGCUUUUAAAGAAAAGAAGAAAGUAUGAAAUCAAGCACGAAUGCAAUAGUUUACUGCUUUCAACUAAUUUAUGCCACUUAAAGUUCUGUAAGCACAACGAGGUAUUCUACUUAAGUCCUGUGGCUGAGACAAUCACCUAACACAUACAUUGGUUUCCAAGCUUCACUAUAACUAAACUGAAGUUAUUCCCAUACUAUACAACUGAUUGUCUUUUGUAAUGAUUCAAAGAGGACAUUUAAAAUCA